AAAUAUCUCAAUAGCAGUGUAAAAUUCGAACAGUUCCAGAACACAACGCAUCGGAAUACCACUUGUCCAGACAUAUUGAUUUUAUUCUCCAAGAUGAACUCAAUGCGAUUACUAUUACUUCUAACAUUCGUUUUGUACGAAACACAGUGUGCGCCCAGUAUAAAGCCCUUAAAGUUUUUAAAAUCCUUAUUAUCAAAACAUUUUCAAUCAACUACUGAACAGCCACUUUUGGAAGAAGAAAUAUACCCCGCGUAUAAAUGUGAUUCUAUUGAAGAAGGUGCCAUCAAUGAUGCCGUUAUUGAGUGGAAUCGCCAAGUGUUUUUAGUAAAUGAAAAACCUAUUUUAAUAGAAGUUGGAAAUGUUGAACCAAUUCAAAAUUUAAAUCGUGAUAAAGACCUUGCCGUAAAUCCAGAAAUUAAUCCCGAAGUAAACUGUGAUGAAAAUGAAGAAGUAAAUCUUGAAGUAAUUUCCGAAGAGGAUCUUAAACAAAAUCCUGAAUUAAGUCCAGAAGUAAAACAUCAGAAUGUGUAUGAAAAAGAUUUAAACACAGAAUGGUUAUUUGGUGAGAAUACAAGUGAAAGAUUACCAGAAAUCGAUGUAACUGUUGGUGUAAGUUCGAUUAAAGAUAAAAUUAUUAAUAAAAUUAACAUGAUCAAAUCGAAGUUAAAAUUUAAAAACCGUCCAGUCAUACCAAUCGUAGAAUUGGUUGAAGAAAACAAGACUAAUCAAGAAAUUUCUUCUGUAAGACCAACCACUACUUUGGAACCCAUCAGUAUUAAAAAACAACCCACUACUGUAGAGUACAUUACCACUGUACAACCUGUUACUACUACACAUCAAUAUACCACAACUGUACAACCCAUUACCUCUACACAUCAAUAUACCACAACUGUACAACCAGGCACUUCUGCACAACCCAUCAUUCCAACACAAUACACUAGUACUGUAAAACCCGAUAUUUAUAUGCCCAAUGUACAAAUAAAUGGUGGGAUCGAAUCUCAAGUACCAAUCAUUACUAUUCCAACUAAGUAUCAAAUACCUUUGCAACAACGACAAAUCUACAACUCAGACCCACGUUAUCCACUAUGGCUUAAUAGCUGUCCCCCACCUCUAUCUCAUCAGAUUUGUUUAAGCCAAAAUUCUUAUUACGCAACGAAUCCAAUUUACGCAAAUACAUGGGACGCAAAUCAAUUCACCCUUGAUAAUGUGCCCUAUAACACUCCCGACCACCAAAACCAAAAAAUUAACAAUGGAUUAACUAAAGUCAUUAACUACAUCAAAAUCGAUGCAACCCAACCAGUGAAUCAAGUUAAACCGAAUCAAGAUGAACAGAGGAUUCAUUAUAUGUAUGACGAUUCCGUUUAUCAAAAUCCUACACCUUUUUAUUAUGUUCCUCAGGCGGUCAACCCGGAAUCACAGCCAGAGAUUGUAUUUCCUAGCUCCGAUGAUGUUUAUUCUAAGUCAACUAUGCAACCGAUCGUUGUGUAUUCUUCCGAUGAAAGUAUACUACCUGUUAAUCAAGUAGAUCAAACACAAGCAACAUACAAUUUGGACCAGCUCUUAGAACCCGCAACAGUUAAUUCUUAUGUUAAUGACCCCAAAAGCCCGUCGCGGGGAGAUAUUCCAAUCGGUGAAGAUUUCAACUCCAAUACCAAUUACGAUCAAUUAGAAGGAGACAGUUCUAAAUAUACGUUGAAAGAACGCAGACACGUUGGUCACUACAAUGAGUUGGUUUCCAAGAAAAAUAAUCAAAAUGUACCUGUUGCGGUAUCAGAAAUCUCUUCGAGUAAACCAGUAUCUGAACAAGCUGAAACCGAAACUUCAGCUAAUAAAAUUGAAACUCCUACAGUUACCGAAACCGAAAAACCAGCCACUAAAAUCAUCGAAACACAUAUUACCAAAAUUGAAAAACCUGUCGUCAAAAUUGAAACACCCGCAAUCACUGUAACCGAAAUAUCGCAUCCUAAAUUCAACAACGUCGACGUGGACGUUUAAUAUAAUAUUCAUGGAUGCCAAAAUUAAAGUGAUUUAAUUAUUAAUUAUACUAUAUGUAAAUUAUCUUAUUUAUUCUGACACAAUAAUCGUUUUAAAAAAUUAUAUGCAUUCUGUAUCAAAACUAUUUUUCAACCAAAUGUUUUCAAGUUCAAAGUAGGUUAAAUAUUGUUGUUUGAGCAAGCCAGACUGAUUUACAACUAUGAUGUUUUUUAUGUAUAAUUAUAUUACAUAGUAAACGCAAUCCCCGGUGUAAAUAGGCGCCAGAUUGAAAUGCAUCUAAACCACACAAUAGAAACGCAUAAUAAGCCAAUUUUUAUGAACAAUAGUUAUCAUACGUGAAAAACCUCUAAAAAUUCGUUACAGUCUGGCUGAUUGUGUAUAAGCCACUUAAAUUAUUAAUUAUACAAGUAUGCUCUUGUUACGUUUUAAAAAAUAAAAAAUAACAAUUUAUU